AUGCCCAUUACGAAGGCGGGAUUAACAGAAGAACAAAGGCAUCGAAUUGAAGCUAACAGAAAGAGGGCUGUUGAAAAAUUGAAGUCCCAUCAAGGAAGCAAAAAUGUAUUGGGACAAGAAGCUCAAAGUACCUUACUAACACCCAACCCAAAGGCUGAUGGCUAUAAUGAUAGCCACAAACGACCCAAGCUCACAUUGACCCCGGAGCAACGAAGAAGAAUAGAACAGAACCGACAGAGAGCAAUCGACAUUCAGAAUAAGAAUAGGCAGAAUAAAAGGGAUGCAUCAGGAACGGAGGCUCAUAGUCAAAAUAUUCCCAUAAGGAACUCAGGAACACAAGUUAAAAGAAGUGACAAGCCAAUAGGAUUGAAACCUUCGAUAAAUAAGAAGGAUUACAUUGAAUAUGAUUUUUCAACCAUGAAAGAUACACAUGGCGGGUUUAUAUCUAAUGAGGAUACGUCGUUAAAUUUAACAACUUCAGGUGAGGGCACUUCGUUAGAAGAGUGGAAAGAAAAGCAAAAACGAGAGCAUGUGGUCAGAGAGCUAGCCCCUCCUAUGGACAUUGCGAAUGCUCCUAAAUGCUAUGAGUGUGGAUCUUUAGAAAUAGACCCUAACUUGUACACCAACUUUAAUAAUGUUCGAGUGUGUAGGAAAUGCGAAAAAGAAAAGCCCGAGAAGUAUUCUCUUUUGACGAAAACGGAGUGUCGGGAGGAUUAUCUACUCACAGAUCCAGAGUUAAAGGACACUAGCUUAUUACCUCGGAUAGAAAAGCCCAAUCCUCAUGGAUUUUCGAGAAUGCAGCUCUUUCUUCGAUUCCAAGUAGAAGAAUUUGCGUGGAAAAAAUGGGGCUCAUCCGAAGGAUUAGACGCAGAAUGGGAGAGACGUGAGACCAUGAGGCUCAAAAGAAGAGAAAAGAGAUAUGAUCAACUGCUCAGAGAAAUGCGUAAGAAAACAAGAGCAGAAGAGUAUACUAGAAAGCUUAGGAAUGGAGAAAGCAUCGGUGAACGCCAUGUUCAUGAUUGGUCGGCACCGUUGGCUGUGCCAGGUGAACCCAGACUCGUAAAAAAGAGAUGUAUAGAUUGUGGAGUAGAAACAGAAGAAAUGAUAAUAUAA